AUGCGGGCUGCCGUGAAGAUGGAAGGCCAUGAGACUCCGGACUGGAACAACUACUACAGCGAGGCACCAGAGGUGUACUCGCCAAUGACGUCGGGCGGGAUGAUGAACGGCUACAUGGGCUCGAUGACCGCGGGCUCCUUCAACAUGUCCUACUCCAACACGGGCCUCAGCCCGGCCCACAACGCCAACCCAGGGCCCGGCCCCAUGGCCCCGGGGACCGGGGGCAUGGGUGCGGCGCUCAGCCCGACCAACAUGAGCUCCAUGGCGGCCCAGCAGGCGUCCAUGAGCGCGCUGACGCACUACGGCGGCCUGAGUCCCAGCAUGUCGUCCUCCGUGUCCUACAGCCAGGGCCCGCUGAGCCGCGGCCGGGACAACAAGGCGUUCCGGCGGAGCUACCCGCACGCCAAGCCGCCCUAUUCCUACAUCUCCCUCAUCACCAUGGCGAUCCAGCAGGCGCCCAGCAAGAUGCUGACCCUGAGCGAGAUUUACCAGUGGAUCAUGGACUUGUUCCCUUACUACCGCCACAACCAGCAGCGCUGGCAGAACUCCAUCCGACACUCGCUCUCCUUCAACGACUGCUUCGUGAAGGUGUCGCGGUCCCCGGACAAGCCGGGGAAGGGCUCCUACUGGGCGUUGCACCCCGACUCGGGGAACAUGUUCGAGAACGGCUGCUACCUGCGACGACAGAAGCGCUUCAAGUGCGACAAAAAGUUGUCGACUAAAGGCGAAGGGAAGAAGGAGGCGAGCGGCGCCUCUCCCCCCGCCGCCGAGGGAUCCCACCGGAUCAAAGUGGACCCUAUGGACCCCCACCCCCCCGGACAGGACCACCGGGCCAGUCGAGCGGCCCCUGACCUCAAGGUCGCCGGAUCACAGAUCCACCACUCCGCGGGGGUCACGGCCCUCUCUCUGCCGCCGCCGCACGCGAUGGCGCAGGACUUCCAUCUGAAGGGCGACCCCCACUACCCCUUCAACCACCCGUUCUCUAUCCACAACCUCAUGGCCUCCCCGGAGCAGCAGCACAAGCUGGACUUGAAGGCCUACGAGCUGCAGGCGCUGCAGUACUCCUACGGCUCGGGCGGGUCCGCGGGACUGUCGCUGGGAGGACGCGCGCCGGCGGCGGACCCGUUAGAGGCCAGCUACUACCAGGGCGUGUACUCCAGACCUGUGCUGAACGCGUCGUAG